AUGUAUGCUGUGUUCAGACAGGCCCACACGCCCACUGCAGUGGAGUUUUCUGUCUACUGCAACUUCAUUUCCAACAAGGAGAAGAAUUUGGUUGUUGCUGGGACAUCUCAGCUCUAUGUCUACAGGAUUAUUCACGAUGUGGAGAGUACAUCCAAGGUUGAUAAGUCUUCAGAUGGCAAAACUCGUAAGGAGAAGCUGGAGCAGGUGGCUGCCUUUACGCUCUUUGGCAAUGUUAUGUCUAUGGCAAGUGUGCAGCUCGUGGGAGCCAGCAAAGAUGCACUACUGCUGAGUUUUAAAGAUGCCAAGUUGUCGGUGGUGGAGUAUGAUCCAGGGACACAUGACCUCAAAACACUGUCUCUUCACUUCUUUGAAGAGCCGGAGCUCAGGGAUGGGUUCGUACAGAAUGUUCACAUCCCGAUUGUCCGUGUUGAUCCAGAGAAUCGCUGUGCUGUCAUGCUGAUUUAUGGCACCAAACUUGUGGUGUUGCCAUUCCGAAAGGACACUCUGGCAGACGAGGCGGAGGGUGGUGUUGGGGAAGGACCUAAAUCCAGCUUCCUACCGAGCUACAUCAUUGAUGUGCGCGAGUUGGACGAGAAGCUGCUAAACAUCAUUGAUAUGAAGUUCCUUCAUGGCUACUAUGAGCCCACCUUGCUCAUUCUUUUUGAGCCAAACCAGACUUGGCCUGGGCGUGUGGCUGUGCGGCAGGACACGUGUAGCAUCGUGGCCAUUUCUCUCAACAUCAUGCAGAAGGUCCAUCCCGUCAUUUGGUCUCUCAGUAAUCUGCCUUUUGACUGUACGCAGGUCAUGGCUGUUCCCAAACCCAUCGGUGGCGUAGUGGUGUUUGCCGUGAACUCGUUGCUGUAUUUAAACCAGAGUGUUCCACCAUAUGGCGUUUCUCUCAAUUCUUUAACAACUGGAACCACUGCAUUUCCACUGCGUGUACAGGAUGAAGUGAAGAUCACACUGGACUGCGCACAGUCUGACUUUAUUGCCCAUGAUAAGAUGGUCAUCUCUCUGAAAGGAGGAGAAAUUUACGUGUUGACCCUUGUAACCGAUGGCAUGCGGAGCGUCCGAGCUUUUCAUUUUGACAAAGCUGCUGCCAGCGUCCUGACUACCUGCAUGGUGACGAUGGAGCCAGGAUACCUUUUCUUGGGUUCCCGCCUUGGAAACUCUUUGCUUCUCAAGUACACAGAGAAGCUGCAGGACACACCCCCAGAGGAGGGCAAAGAAAAACAAGAGAAGGACAAAGAGAAGCAGGAGGAACCACCAAACAAAAAGAAACGGGUGGAGUCUUCUUCCAACUGGACAGAUGAGGUGGAUGAAAUUGAGGUCUACGGCAGUGAGGCUCAGUCAGGCACUCAGCUGGCCAUCUAUUCCUUUGAGGUGUGCGACAGUAUACUGAAUAUUGGACCUUGUACGUACGCGUCCAUGGGUGAACCUGCUUUCUUAUCUGAAGAGUUUCAGAGUAAUCCUGAACCUGACCUGGAGAUCGUGGUGUGUUCUGGUUAUGGCAAGAACGGUGCACUGUCUGUACUCCAGAGAAGCAUCCGACCACAAGUAGUCACCACAUUUGAGUUGCCAGGUUGCCAUGACAUGUGGACAGUCAUCUCAAGUGAGGUCAAGAAAGGCAAAAAAGUUGCAACACAUGAGGAUUCUGAUGACAAAGUAGAAACAAAUACAGUCACAGAUGGGGAUGAAGGAGAUAAGGGCACGGAGGAAAAGGAGAAAGAGGUGGAGGAGAAGAAGACUGAGCCGUCUCCAGAGGAGGACACGAAGACACAUGGUUUCCUGAUUCUGAGCAGAGAAGAGUCAACCAUGAUCCUUCAGACGGGGCAGGAGAUCAUGGAGUUGGACACCAGCGGUUUCGCCACUCAGGGACCAACUGUGUUUGCUGGGAACAUUGGUGAAAACAAAUACAUCAUUCAGGUUUCACCUCUUGGCAUCCGUCUGCUGGAAGGAGUGACACAAAUCCACUUCAUCCCAGUGGACUUGGGAUCUCCCAUAGUGCACUGCUCCGUGGCUGACCCUUACGUGGUCAUCAUGACAGCAGAGGGCGUGGUCACUAUGUUUGUGCUGAAGAGUGACUCGUAUAUGGGAAAGAUGCACCGGCUGUACUUGCAGAAACCACAGCUCUCCACCCAAUCGCGUGUGAUUGCACUGUGUGCAUACCAAGACGUGAGUGGCAUGUUUACAACCGAAAAUAAAGUGAGGUGUUCUGCCAGAGAGAGCACAGCCAUGGAGAGUCAGUCUGAAGCUGAGACCGUCAUCCAGGAUCUCAGUAGCACGGUGUAUGAUGAAGAGGAAAUGCUGUAUGGAGACUCCGGCACCAGUACAGCACCUGCAAAGGAUGACUUCAGCCGCAUCUCUGGACCAUCGCUUCCUUCUGGGAGUGAGGGAAGCUCUGGCAAAGCAGACCCCACCCACUGGUGCAUUAUCGUCAGGGAAAACAGUGUAAUGGAGAUUUAUCAGUUACCAGAAUGGCGGCUGGUGUUCCUGGUCAAGAACUUCCCAGUUGGCCAAAGAGUUCUGGUUGACAGCUCUUCUGGCCAGUCGGCAACGCAGGGGGACAGUAAAAAAGAGGAGCUGACACGUCAGGGGGACAUCCCUUUGGUCAAAGAAGUGUCCUUAGUGGCACUUGGUAACAAUCACAGCAGACCGUAUUUGUUGGUACAUGUGGAACAGGAGCUUCUGAUCUAUGAAGCAUUCCCUUAUGAUCAACAGCAGCCUCAAAAUAAUCUGAAAGUGCGCUUCAAAAAAGUGGCGCACAAUGUAAACUUUAGAGAAAAGAAAUCGAGGUUUAGGAAAGACAAGAAGACAGAGAGCGGCCUCGCUGAAGACAGUUCAGCUCAGAAAGGUCGGGUUGCCAGAUUCAGAUACUUUGAGGACAUCGCUGGAUACUCGGGGGUGUUCAUCUGCGGUCCGUCUCCUCACUGGAUGAUCGUCACCUCUCGGGGAGCCAUGAGGCUUCACCCCAUGACCAUCGACGCAACCAUUGAGUCUUUCUGUCCGUUCCACAACGUCAACUGCCCGAAAGGUUUCCUCUACUUCAACAAGCAGGGGGAGCUGAGGAUCAGUGUCUUGCCCACCUAUCUGUCCUACGACGCCCCCUGGCCUGUCAGGAAAAUCCCCCUGAGGUGCACCAUUCACUACGUCUCCUACCACGUGGAGUCUAAGGUAUACGCUGUGUGCACCAGCGUGAAAGAGCCGUGCACACGCAUCCCCCGGAUGACGGGAGAGGAGAAGGAGUUCGAGACCAUAGACAGAGAUGAGCGUUACAUAAACCCUCAGCAGGAAAAAUUCUCCAUCCAGCUCAUCUCCCCGGUGAGCUGGGAGGCCAUACCCAACACACGGAUCGACCUGGAGGAGUGGGAGCAUGUGACCUGUAUGAAGACGGUGGCGCUGAAGAGUCAGGAGACGGUGUCUGGACUGAAAGGCUACGUGGCUGCAGGCACCUGUGUGAUGCAGGGGGAGGAGGUCACCUGUAGGGGGCGGAUUUUGAUCCUCGACGUGAUCGAAGUGGUUCCAGAACCAGGUCAGCCCCUCACCAAGAACAAGUUCAAAGUCCUGUAUGAGAAGGAGCAGAAAGGUCCAGUGACGGCUCUGUGUCACUGUAACGGCUACCUCGUGUCAGCCAUCGGUCAGAAGAUCUUCCUGUGGAUCCUGAAGGACAACGACCUGACGGGCAUGGCCUUCAUCGACACCCAGCUCUACAUCCACCAGAUGUUCAGCAUCAAGAACUUCAUCUUAGCUGCUGACGUUAUGAAGAGCAUCUCACUGCUUCGGUACCAGGAGUCCAGCAAGACGCUGUCGCUCGUCAGCCGGGAUGCAAAACCUUUGGAGGUUUACAGCGUGGAGUUCAUGGUGGAUAACAACCAGCUUGGAUUCUUGGUGUCCGAUCGAGACCAGAACCUUUUUGUAUACAUGUAUUUACCUGAAGCCAAAGAGAGCUUCGGAGGGAUGCGCCUGCUGAGGCGGGCGGACUUCAACGCGGGCGCUCACAUCAACACGUUCUGGCGGAUGCCAUGCAGAGGAGCGCUGGACACGACCAGCAAAAAAACCGUGACCUGGGACAACAAACACAUCACAUGGUUUGCCACACUGGACGGAGGGAUAGGUCUGCUCCUUCCCAUGUUCGAGAAAACGUAUCGCCGGCUGCUGAUGCUGCAGAACGGACUCACCACCAUGUUGCCUCAUCACGCCGGAUUAAACCCAAAGGCCUUCAGAAUGUUGCACAGCGACAGACGCAGCCUGCAGAACGCUGUGAGAAACAUCCUGGACGGAGAACUCCUCAACAAGUAUCUCUACCUCAGCACCAUGGAGCGCAGCGAGCUGGCCAAGAAGAUUGGAACCAGCCCCGAAAUCGUCCUGGAUGACCUGCUGGAGAUCGACAGAGUGACGGCUCACUUCUGAGAAACACGUUCCUGUUUACAUCCACAAGGGGACGAGGACAUCAUUCAAGACCUGUCAGAUUUAGUUUUUUUUUUUUAUUAUUAUUUUGUAUAGAAAAAUCAUUAAAAAACAGCUUUAUA